CCAAAAUAAAAAAUUACUAGGUGUCUGCAGACUUUCUUCUCUCUUCCAAUAUCCAUAUUCCAUACGAACAAUACCAAUGUUCCUUCGUUUUCUGCAAAAAUAAGAAUCUAAGACAAGAAGCUGUAAGGAUUUAGGGCCCCAUUUUGGAUAAGAAUAUUGUUUGGAACCAAUUGUAUUCCAAUCUAGAAGACGAUGAAAAAUGGUAGAUUGAUUGAUUUUAGAUGUCAUUGACGAUUAAAGUUCUUUAAUUUGGAGGCUGGAGAUGUCUACCCAGCAAGACAAUCCCGAUUCCGGCAGUUCUUCAGGUUCAGGAUACUGCCUAUAUGAUCUCUUAUUUUCGGAGACACCAGCUCCGAACGCUUCUUGGAAUCCCAGAACUGAGCAAAGGAAAGCUGCUGGUCCACAGAAAAGGUUAGAGACUUUUUCACGUCAACUCAGCAACAAGCAUUGUGCAGAUUGUGGAUCCCCAGAUCCAAAAUGGGUAUCUUUGACUCUUGGAGUAUUUAUUUGUAUAAAGUGUUCUGGUGUUCAUAGAAGCCUUGGGGUGCAUAUAUCAAAGGUGCUAUCCAUGAAGCUAGAUGAAUGGUCAGAUGAACAAGUUGAUUGUAUGAUAAAUCUGGGUGGCAACUCCAUAGCAAAUGAUAAAUAUGAAGCGUGCAUUCCUGAUAACAUCAGGAAACCUAGGCCAGAUUCCUCCAUUGAGGAGCGUGCUGACUUUAUAAGGAGAAAAUAUGAAUUGCAGCAAUUUAUGGAAUGCAAUGAAAGUUUGCUCUGCCCCUACACACCAAAUAUGGGUUCUUCAUCAUCCCUACAUUGUUCUUCAGAGCACUACUCUAACCACGAUAAGAAACCAUUAGAAAAACAAUCCACCAAGCACCACCGUAUUGGACAUGCCUUUCGUAAUAGCUGGGGAAGAAAAGAUGUAGAACACAAGUCUACUAAGAAGAUUAACUCAUUGGCAGGCAUGGUUGAAUUUGUUGGCUUGAUUAAGGUGAAUGUGGUGAAAGGCACCAACCUAGCUGUCCGGGAUGUGAUGACAAGUGACCCAUAUGUCAUCCUUGCCUUGGGUCACCAAUCGGUUAAGACACGUGUCAUAAAGAACAACCUAAAUCCUGUCUGGAAUGAGAGUCUAAUGUUGUCAAUUCCAGAGCAAAUUCCUCCUCUGAAAGUGAUUGUGUACGAUAAGGAUACUUUCUCAACAGAUGAUUUUAUGGGGGAGGCAGAGAUUGAUAUUCAACCUCUACUAACUGCUGCCAGAGCAUGUGAAAAGUCUGAAAUCAGUGAUGAGACCAUGCAACUCGGGAAGUGGGUAGCAAACAAGGAGAACACUCUUGAAAAAGAUGGUAUCAUCUCCUUGGUAGAUGGGAGAGUAAAACAGGAAAUCUCUGUUAGGCUACAGAGAGUUGAGAGAGGGGUGCUAGAAAUUGAGCUGGAAUGUGUUGCCCUUAGUCAAUAAUUGGCAUAGAGAUCUGGUGAUCCAUUGAGAUAUUGACAUUUCUAUCAAACUUUGAAUGGAACAAUGUAAUUUACUGGCUGCCCUCCUUGAGGUUCCUCGCCUGUUGUAAUUUUGUCUCAUUUUGAAGACAGAAGAAGUUGAUAUUUACCUUCAAAGUUACAGAUCACUGUGUAUUUCCUCCAUUUCCUUCUUAUGAAACAAGAUUAUGAUGCACUUGCACUGGUAGUCAUAAAAAAAUAAAAUAAAAUAAAAUAA